CUCGCCGGGGAUGGUUUAUGCUUUCUUGCUGCUGCAGUUUGUGGUUGGUCGGUUGACUAUUCGUUUAAACUCCAGAGAGGAAGAAGAGAGCUUUUGGUGAAGAAGCGGCGUUUUUUGUGGUGGUGUGGUGAAUCAACUCGUCAAUCAAUUGAGUUAGUGAAUGGGCGCGGAAAAUUGUCGGAAUUUAAAAGGAGUUAAACCUUAACAAGUGAUUACGCAUUUUGUGGACCGAACAAUUUGAACAACUUCAACAAAAAAAAAAAAGUGACACAGUGUUGAAUCGGCGGAAGCUUUAGUGAAGAUCGAGAUGAAAAUUGUGCAAAUGAGAUGCUGAUUGAGAGCUGAGCCGAUCAUCUGCAGCAGCAUCGUGAAGCCACACUUGAACUACUACCGGCGAGGGUGGCGAAGAAGCUGUUGGCGGGAACUGAACGUGAAGAAGCGCGCCCCUCGAAAAUUUGUGUGAACCAUUCAAUGGUAAAUCGGUGCAACUGAGAGGAUUAAUUAAUUACAUAAAAUUGCCGGCGCAAAGUGUGUGGAAUUUGUGGUGUCUGGAGUUGGAUUCGGUGCACUUCCUGAACUAACUGUUGGAAUCAUUGUUGUAGGAAAAAAAGAAGAAGCAAAACUGAGUGAAAUUAUAGGCUUUUUUGCAAACACUAAAUCCUAACAAAGUGAACAGUCUGUAGAAGUUGGUGGUUGAAUUAGUUCGUUUAAAACGGAGCAAAACGUGCCGCAGGAAACAGGAAGCAUAGCUGGAAGGUGGUGGUGAGCAGAGCAGGAUCCAGUAGGCUGAAAUUAGCGAAGGAGUGCUGGACUUAUUCGACUGACAACAAACAGCAGCAGAAGCCGUAACAAUGUGGAAGUACAUCGUCAUCGUGUCCGUGUUUGGAGUGUAUCUGCUGAAGGAUCAUCAAAUCAGUGGGCAAAUCUUCGGCUACGAGCCGGACGUAGACUACCCGGCCUUCGAGCGCAUCCCGUCCGGGCUGACCUUCCGCUGUUCAGACAAAGUGCCCGGGUACUACGCGGACGUUGAAGCCCGCUGCCAGGUUUGGCACUGGUGUCUGCCCAACGGAUACAUGUUCUCGUUCCUGUGCCCCAACGGAACCGUGUUCAAUCAAGCCGUCCGGGUGUGCGACUGGUGGACCAACGUAAACUGUGUCGACUCGGAAGGACUGUACGGAAACAAUAACGAUCUCUACAGGGACAUCAACGGCGAGCUGAUAGCUGGGUAGUCCCGCAAGCCCUGACGUCAAAUAGCUGCACCCUGUAUCAUCCUAAUAAUUUAUUGUUGUUAAGUUUGUAUCUACAGUGAGCAAGAUAGGAGCAGCUUUCGCAACCUCCUCAGUCGUAUUAGCAAUUUUGUGUAAUAACCAGAAGAAAAACAACAACAAUGAUACGUAAAAUUGGCUUUUUUGCAAAUACUUUCCUUCCGUUGAGUUACCGUCCAACUCCAAGUUACCAAGUUGAUCUGUUAGGUAAGGAAAAUGAGAUUUUUUUUGUUUUAGUU